UAAAGCUACUUUUAUAGAACCUUGUCAUGUGCGCGUGCGCUUUUGGUUUGGACUAAUGCGUACUGUGGUUGUGAAUGCGAAUGAGUGGGUCGGGCGGUUUCCUACAUGGGUGUGGAACUUCGUUAAAGGAAAAAGGAACGUUUAUUUUUGCUGACAGGAUCCGUGUGGGAAAGCACUGCUGCUGUUGCCGACACCUGACAGAGGACUAGAUUAGACAUAGGAAGUCACAAGUCUAGAGAUACAGUACAAGGUGUGUGUCGGCGAUUGAGAGCGACCUUUCUAUGUCUAAUGCUGAGGUGUGGGUUACACUGUUACGUAAACUGACCUGUGCAUGACUUUGCCCAAUUCUUCCCAAAGAUCGUCAAAGGUGGCUCUACAUGUUUAAGUGGACUGACGAAAAAUGGCAAAUUCAAAAGAGGUAUCUGAAAGAAUUUUGCUGGAACCUUACAAGUAUGUACUGCAGCUUCCAGGUUAUCAUUGAGGUGACGGAAAUGCUUCACAAUGCAAGUUUACUUAUUGAUGACAUUGAAGAUAACUCAAAACUUCGUCGGGGCUUUCCAGUUGCUCACAGUAUAUAUGGCAUCCCAUCUGUAAUAAAUUCUGCUAACUAUGUAUAUUUCCUUGGUUUGGAGAAAGUCUUAACUAUGAAUCAUCCAAAUGCUGUACAUGUUUUCACGCAGCAGUUACUUGAACUUCACAGAGGCCAGGGACUGGAUAUUUAUUGGAGAGACACUUACACUUGCCCCAGUGAAGCAGAGUACAAGGCUAUGGUACUGCAAAAGACAGGAGGACUAUUUGGAUUAGCAGUAGGACUUAUGCAGUUGUUUUCAUCCAAUGAUAAAGACUUAAAGCCACUUCUUAAUACACUUGGUUUAUUUUUUCAAAUUAGAGAUGAUUAUGCCAAUUUAAACUCUAAGGAGUAUAGUGAAAAUAAAAGCUUUUGUGAAGACCUAACAGAAGGAAAGUUUUCAUUUCCCACCAUACAUGCUAUUUGGUCACGACCUGAAAGUACUCAAGUCCAAAAUAUACUUCGACAAAGGACAGAGAAUGUAGACAUCAAAACAUAUUGUGUUCAUUAUUUAGAGAAGGUUGGCUCUUUUGAAUACACAAGAGUAACUCUACGAGAAUUAGAAGCUGAAGCAUAUAAACAAAUAGAAUCACUAGGUGGAAACCCUCAGCUGGUAUCAUUAAUUGAACAACUUAGUGAAAUGUAUCAGUGAUGUUUUGAGUUUUUCUUUUUUAUGAAUUAAAAUCGAGUUUGUUUAAUAUA